AUGACCAUGUAUUUGUGGCUCAAACUUCUGGCCUUUGGCUUUGCCUUUCUGGACACAGAAGUGUUUGUCACAGAAAAUAACCUCCUACUGUUUCUGCUAUCACUUAGUCAGAAGGGUGAGGAAGCUUCUCAUUUCUCUGUGGACUGGACCCAGCUCCCAUCAUACUCAGAGGGCUUCCGUGUACCACGUGUAGGAGUUAACCUGCAGGUGAUUAAAGAGAAAUUGAAUCCCUUACAUGUUGUUGCUGUAAAUGUUUGUUUCCUGAACAAGCAUGUGGUUGACAAUGUGUCUUAUGAAGGACUGAACACAACAGAGAAGGCCCUUCCUCUGCCUCAGAGUGACCCUUUACCUGCUCACACCACUGAAUUCACACCCGCAAGCAUCUCUGAAAGAGAAACUGACUCCUCAGAGAACACCUAUCUUUCAGGUUUUUCAUCCACGCUGCUGCCUCACCUUUCCCCGCAGCCAGACCUGCAGACGCCUUCUGCCCAAGGAGCUGACACCCAGACACUCAGCAACCAGGCUGACCUCACCACACUCAUGCCUGCUCCUGACAGGCCUGACUCACCAGGUGCACCAGGGGAGAUGACUACAAUGGGGACAUUUCCUGCAGACACAGCCCUUCCUACAGAUGCCCUCUACCUUGCACGCAACAGCACUGCUGCCUCACCUACACACAGCUCCAACAUCAGCACCACACAUCCCUCCUCAGGUGUCAACCUUACAUCCACUUCACCAACCAGUCUGGACCCUAAAAGCACUAGCCCUACAAUCACAGCAAUAGCUACCACUCAACCCCGGCCAUCAUGUGAUGAAAAAUUUGGGAACAUUAUUGUGUAUUACGACUAUAACAGUAAUAAGAAGUCUUUUGAGGCAAAGCUAAAAGGUGACAAAAACCCUCAAUGUGAAGCUGCGGAUUGUGAAAAGCUUAAAAAUCUACAAGAAUGCUCACAGAGCAAUUUCACUGUGUCUAAUGGCUCAUGUAUUCCACAUAAAAUUAUAGAAUUAGAUGUACCACCAGGGCCUGAGAAUUUUUACCUGGAUAACUGCACAGAACUAAUACAAGCUAAUACUACACUUUGUUUGCGGUGGAAUUUUACCCACAGACCUGACUGUGAUAAUAAAAAAAUUUCAUACAGAUUUUACUGUGAUGAAGCCCCAGAGAAGCCCAAGAACCUUUUCUGUGGGAAUGCUACUGAGAACACAACUUUAGUUACCUGGACUCACCCUUCACCUUUACCCCAUGGGUAUUUUUCAUGUUACAACAAGACCAAUUCAGAAAUCUGUGACCCUGUGGGAGUGAAUGAUAUCCCUUACACGAUAAAGAACCUGAAACCUUAUACAUAUUAUAAAGUGUCAAUCCACGCCCAUGUCACCGGGGCAGUGCAACGCAAUGGGACUGCUGAAUCAUGCUCCUUUCGGACAAAAGAGGCUCCACCAAGCAAGGUCAACAGAAUGAAAGCCAUCAGGAAGUCAGAAAAUUUUAUAAGUGUCACAUGUGAUCCUCCUAGUGAAAUUAAUGGCCCUGAAAAAGUCUACAUUUUGAAAGUCAAAAGUGGAGGUUCCUUAUUUAGAGAUUUCAAGCAACCCACAUGCAGAUUUGAUGUAGAGAAUCUCUACUAUUCAACUGAUUAUACGUUUCUGGUCUCUUUUUACAAUGGAAAGUAUGAGGGAGAGGCAGUUUCUCAAAAUCAAUCAACAUCUUAUAAUGCUAAAGCACUGAUUAUAUUCCUGGUGUUUCUGAUUAUUGUGACAUCAAUAGCCCUGCUUGUUGUUCUGUAUAAAAUCUAUGAUCUGCGUAAGAAAAGAUCCAGCAAUUUAGAUGAACAACAGGAACUUGUCGAAAGAGAUGAUGAAAAGCAACUGAUGGAUGUGGAGCCAAUUCAUGCUGACAUUUUGUUGGAAACAUAUAAAAGGAAGAUUGCUGAUGAGGGUAGACUUUUUCUGGCUGAAUUUCAGAGCAUUCCACGGGUGUUCAGCAAGUUUUCUAUCAAAGAUGCCCGAAAGCCCCACAACCAGAAUAAAAACCGUUACGUUGACAUCCUUCCCUAUGAUUACAACCGUGUUGAACUCUCUGAAAUAAAUGGGGAUGCAGGCUCCACCUACAUAAAUGCCAGCUACAUCGAUGGCUUCAAAGAACCAAGGAAAUACAUUGCUGCACAAGGACCCCGGGAUGAAACCGUUGAUGACUUCUGGAGGAUGAUCUGGGAACAAAAAGCCACAGUUAUUGUCAUGGUCACACGAUGUGAAGAAGGAAACAGGAACAAGUGUGCAGAAUACUGGCCAACCAUGGAGGAAGGCACCCAGGCUUUCAGAGAUGUUGUUGUAAGGAUCAAUGAACACAAGAGAUGUCCUGAUUACAUCAUUCAGAAGCUUCACAUCACACAUAAAAAAGAGAAAACAACCGGAAGAGACGUGACUCAUAUCCAGUUCACCAGCUGGCCAGACCAUGGGGUUCCUGAAGACCCCCACCUGCUUCUCAAACUCCGAAGGAGGGUUAAUGCUUUCAGCAACUUCUUCAGUGGCCCCAUUGUGGUGCACUGCAGUGCUGGUGUUGGGCGCACAGGCACCUACAUUGGAAUUGAUGCUAUGCUGGAAGGCUUGGAAGCAGAGGGCAAAGUGGAUGUCUAUGGUUAUGUUGUCAAGCUAAGGCGACAGAGGUGUCUGAUGGUACAAGUGGAGGCACAGUACAUCUUGAUCCAUCAGGCACUAGUGGAAUACAAUCAGUUUGGAGAAACAGAAGUGAAUUUGUCUGAGCUACAUUCCUGCCUACAGAACAUGAAGAAGAGAGAUCCACCCAGUGACCCCUCUCCUCUGGAGGCUGAAUUCCAGAGACUUCCUUCAUACAGGAGCUGGAGGACACAGCACAUUGGAAAUCAAGAUGAAAAUAAAAAGAAAAACAGGAAUUCUAAUGUCAUUCCAUAUGACUUUAACAGAGUGCCUCUUAAGCAUGAGCUAGAAAUGAGCAAAGAGAGUGAACCUGACUCAGAGGCGUCUUCUGAUGAUGACAGUGACUCGGAGGAAACCAGCAAAUACAUCAAUGCAUCAUUUGUGAUGAGUUACUGGAAACCAGAGAUGAUAAUCGCUGCUCAGGGACCACUAAAAGAGACUGUUGGUGACUUCUGGCAGAUGAUAUUCCAAAGAAAGGUCAAGGUUAUUGUGAUGUUGACGGAGUUAAAAAGUGGAGACCAGGAAGUCUGUGCUCAAUACUGGGGAGAAGGAAAGCAGACUUAUGGAGACAUGGAAGUAGUAAUGAAAGAUACCAACACAUCCUCAGCCUACACUCUCCGUGCCUUUGAACUGAGACAUUCUAAGAGGAAGGAGCCCAGAACUGUGUACCAGUACCAGUAUACCACAUGGAGUGGGGAAGAGCUUCCUGCAGAGCCCAAAAAUCUGGUGUCUAUGAUUCAGAACCUCAAACAGAAGCUUCCCAAGAGUUGCCCUGAAGGGAUGAAGUAUCACAAGCACUCGCCCAUCCUAGUCCACUGCAGAGAUGGAUCUCAGCAGACAGGGUUGUUCUGUGCUUUGUUCAAUCUCUUGGAAAGUGCAGAAACAGAAGAAGUGGUUGAUGUUUUUCAAGUGGUAAAAUCUCUACGCAAAGCACGGACAGGGAUGGUGUGCACCUAUGAGCAAUACCAGUUCCUCUAUGAUGUCAUUGCCAGCACCUAUCCUGCCCAGAAUGGACAAGUGAAGAAAACCAACAGUCAAGACAGAAUUGAAUUUCAUAAUGAAGUGGACGAAGCCAAGCAGGAUGCUAAUUGUGUCCCUCCAGCUGAUCCUCUGAACAAAACUCAGGAAGACGGCAGAGCUUUGGGAGCUUCUGAGCCCCCCAGUGGUACUGAGGAGCCAGAACUUUCUGCUAACGGUCCUGCGAGCCCAGCUCUAGCUCAGAGUUCAUAG